UUUUUUCAAAUACUCCGCUCUCUCUCAGAUUCCUAUAUGCUGCCAUUAGUCGUUUAUGAUAAAAGCUAUUUCUCUCUGCUUUCAAUGUGUUUCUGUUCAAUUCUGUUUUGAUUUUUUUAGGGUUUUCUUGGUUUCAGUGAUGAACUACAUUGAGCUUGUUUGUUUGUUUUUGCCCUUAUUAAAGUUUCUUCUCUUUUUGGCUUUCACUUUUGGCGACCUUUUGGUUGCUCAGAAAAUGAAAUGAGGAUGAAACUGAUUAUCGAUAGUCGUCUUUUACCCUUUCGUUCAGAGAAGAAAAUUUACUAAGCUUUGGUAGAGUUUUGUAUUUUGUUUUUUUUGUGGAAAAUGACUGGUCGAAAGUGUUGUUCCAGGGAGGUCUUUGUGUGUUUUCUGUUCUUUGGUUUGGUAAUCAUGUAAUUUUGAGUCCUAAAUGUUUGAAUUGGUGCUUUUUUUGUAUAUCAGUGAAUCUCGCUUAAUGGGUACUUGUGUAUUGACCUAACAGCUCUUAAUUAAGUUCUCUGUUUAUUUAUUUGCUUUUAAGGUGUGUUUUUGCUAUUAGUUCAUGGAGCUGGUUUUACAUUUCGAAUAAAGCUGUGUGUAUUGUCUUAUUCACUUAAGCUCUUUGUUUCUACUACAACAUUUUCCGUGUCUUUGAUGUUUACAAUAUGUAAGAAAAUUCGCGGAUAGAAUAUAUUUUCUUUCCCCAAAGGAACAUAAGCUAUUUUCUGGAAAAUGAUUGUUCCUUUUAAAACCACUUUACAAACUCAUAAUGAAAGGGAAGGCACAUGCGUGUUAAUUUGUCAAUCAUUUUCAAUUGUGGUCAUCACUAGUCUGUAGCCAUGACAACUUUUUUGUCAUCUCUUUUGCUAUUAAAACCAACUUCACAAAUCUAUCUUUACGGCCCAAAUGUUAAGCUUUUUGUCAUUGAAGAAAAAUUAAGGUUUUUCUUCUCUAUUUUUUUUUUAUCAGCAUAUCAAAUGUAUAGAAACUGAAGUCCUUUUUUAUUGGGUCCUUGAGUGACAGAGUCAAGGUGUAUAUUUCUUUUUGUUAUUUUCUUCAUUUUCAAGUGUUCCACUUUACUGUGUUGCUGUUCUUUUUUAUUUAUGUGGUAAUUCACUUUCCUCAUAAUUAUAUUAGAAAAGAGUACAUUUGGUCUUACUCUUCUUAAUUGUCCAUAUCUAUUAUGAAAAUGAGAAAAUGUAGGAACUACAUCUGAUGUUCCGACGACUAGUUACUGUUCAAUAUGGCUCCAAAUCCUAGAGUUUUGAAGGCCUUCCGUGCAAUGAAGGCUAUUGGCAUAAAUGAAGAUAAAGUGAAACCAGUUUUGAAAAAACUUCUCAAGUUAUAUGACAAGAAUUGGGAACUUAUUGAAGAAGAGAAUUAUAGGGUUCUUGCAGAUGCCAUAUUUGAUGAUGAUGAUUCUAAGGUCUCAGAGGAGAAAGAGAAUGCUAAUGGAGAAGAGUUUGCUGAUGAAGCAGAGGUGCAUGAUGAACCUGAACGGCCAUUAAAACGAUUGCGAUUAAGAAGCCAAGAAGGGCAACCUUCUUCAUCGCUUAAUAUCAGCAAUUCUAUGGGAGAUGGAACUUCAUUAAGAAAACCUAAAUUGGAGGAUGAAGAGAUUCCGGACAAAAAUUCUCUCCAGAGAUCUCCAGACAUGAUGAAAUUGCAAUCUGGGCCUGUUUCAACCCAGAGUCAUACUAGAAAUAUGGGAAAGCAACCGGCAUCACCUAUUCACUUCGGAGCACAAGGAAGCCCUAACCCUUCUAUGGACAGAAGUCUGCCUUCUGAUUUACAGUCUCCUCAGGUGUGGCAUUCAUACAAGGGAAAAGAACCUUUGUUACUCCAGGUUGCUCCUACAGAGAAGAGACCUAUUGUAGACAGGCCAUGUCAUGCGGUGCGGUUCAAAGAUACAGAAAGUGUACCAAUUCCCAAACAAAAGGUGCAUGAUUCUCAUGCUUUGAUCAAGCCUAAAGAUGAGCCAUAUACUGAUGACUUUCCUCCUGAUGACUUACCUCGUUAUGAGGUUCCUAUUGCUGUGAUCCGACCAGCAUUUCCAGAUUCCUUAAGCAAAGGAGAUAAUUCUAUUAGGAGUUCUUUAAAAGGAAAGCGAAAUGAUCAGGAGCCUCUAGCAUCUAAUUUUGUAGCUGAAGAAGACAGAGGUGACAGCAUUCCAGCUUCAUCAAAUAAUGCAAGAACCAACUCUGAGCUUGCUGCUGUUCUGGAGGAAUCUCCUGCCAACUUAGAGAUUGCCUCGUCAUCAUUGGGAGAGGUGAAAAUUUCUUUGAGCUGCAACUCUAUGCUUGGAAGACCAAAUUUUCACAUGCCUAGUCAAGAUGAACUUCUGAAAUCAAUGCAGGAGAAGUGUCUCCGGUCAUAUAAAAUUAUUGAUCCCAACUUUUCUGUCUUGAAAAUGCUGAAAGAUAUGUGUGAGUGCUUCCUGGAAUUGGCAACUGAUUCCUCUCAUGAAACGCAGGAAAGGUUAAUGAAUGUAACAACAUCUGUUGAUGCAUUGAAGAAAUCACCUGUUUACAGUGCUUUGGGUGUUGGAGGAAGUAAUUGUAUACCGCUCAAUAUUUCAAAUUCAUCAAUUGAUAUCCAUUGCUUUUCCCAGUUUGGCAGACCCCAAUUUCCAGGGCAAAUACAACCUCUAAGUGUGGAUGCACAUUGCCUGAAUGUUUCUGUUGAAAGUAAUGGAGGAGUGGAAUUGAGAGGCCCUGAGUCGCAUCAAUUGGUGGUUGUUCCACAGCAUCAGCUUACUCCUGAGGAACUAAGGUUGCUUUAUGACUUCAAUGACAUAACUAAGGGAGAAGAAAUAGUUGAGAUUUCAUGGUUAAAUGAAAUCAAUAAUGAGUGUCCUCCACAUUUUGUCUACAUUCCUCACAACCUGGUUUACCAAAAUGCUUAUUUAAGAUUCACUCUUUCUCAAAUUAAGGUUGAAGAUUGCUGUUCUUCUUGUAUUGGUGAUUGUCUAUCCUCAACCACAGUUUGUGUUUGUGCUCGUGAAACUGGGCAUAAGUUUGCAUACACAUCAGAAGGCCUCGUUAGAGAGGAUUUCUUGGAAGAUUGUAUCUAUAUGACCCGUGAUCCUCAAAGACAAUGCCUCUUGUAUUGUAAAGUUUGCCCUCUCGAAAGUGCAAAAAAUGAUGAGAUCUUGGAACCAUGCAAGGGUCACUUGAAGAGGGCAUAUAUUAAAGAAUGUUGGAGCAAAUGUGCGUGCCAUAAGCGGUGUGGCAAUCGAAUUGUGCAGCGAGGUAUAAGGUGCAAAUUGCAGGUUUUUUUUACAUCUGAAGGAAAGGGUUGGGGUCUUAGAACCCUAGAAAAGUUGCCAAAAGGGACAUUUGUAUGUGAAUAUGUUGGAGAAAUACUUACCAACAAAGAGCUGCAUGAGAGGAACAUAAAGAGGAGAAGAGGCAUUAAUAAUGAGCGGCAUACCUAUCCAGUUCUAUUGGAUGCAUAUUGGUGCCUGAAAGGAGCCUUGAAGGAAGAAGAAGCCCUUUGUUUGGACCCAACAUUCUAUGGGAAUGUUGCUAGGUUUAUAAAUCAUAGGUGCCUUGAUGCAAAUUUGAUUGAGAUCCCAGUUAAGGUGGAGACCCCUGAUCAUCAUUAUUAUCAUCUUGCCUUCUUUACUGCAAGAGAGGUAAAUGCCUUGGAGGAGCUAACUUGGGAUUAUGGUAUUGACUUUGAUGACAAUGAUAAUCCCAUGGAGGUGUUCCGGUGCCUAUGUGGCAGCAAGUUCUGCAGGAACAUGAAACGUCCAAAUAGGUCCAAAUCUUCAUUAAGAUGACGUGAUACAUGGGGAUUAUGAGACUCAGAUGUUUUGCAGAGGUGUUCUCUCCCUUGACAAGGACGAAAAGUUUCAUGGACUGGAUUUUGCUGUAACCUGUAUCAGUUCUAUCAACUGUAAUGUAACUGAUGCAGAUUAAGGUGUUAUUCUGUGAGACUGGGGGGCCAUUUUGUAGUGCCACAUAAAUCUGUCAAGGGUAUGUACAUAUCAGCCGUCUGUUUUUUCAUCUUAAAGCUCAACCUCAGACAAUCCACCUUCUUCAAGUUC